AUGUCCGACCUUCGAAUAGAUGUAGCUAUCAACAAUGUCCAGAUUAUAAAACGAAGUUAUGCCCUCUAUCGGAUAGAUUUGACAGUUACCAAGAACGAUGGCGGAAGCGCUAAUUACCAUUCGUUUCGAAGGUUUUCAGAGUUUCUCAAGCUAAAGCAAAAUUUGGAACAAGAGCUGGGCUCUGAACUGCCGUACGAGCUACCGUCCAGGAAACUCAAUAAAUGGCUCAAACCGUCAAGCUCAUGCGACCCGGAUGUGAUCGAAACACGAAAAGAAACGCUUACCGAAUUUUUACACGACUUGUUAAAUGACUCUUUUGACACUCGCUGGAAAAGAUCACCCUAUGUGUGCCAUUUUUUGCAGCUUCCGAGCAACUGGGAGGAUUUGACUGUAGGUCCCAGGAACAGGAGCAGCGCAGCUCACAACGAACCGGAAAAAGAUUCUCAACAAUUAACGGACCCGCAAAAAUGGUUAGAGGAAAUACGCGAUUGCAAGUUGCUUUUGGAAGAGAGCACUCGCGAUCCCUCUACCAUGAAUCGGGUAGGAGUCCAGAUACGAUUACGUCUACAAAAGUUGGAGGAAGCCCUUAAAGUCAUUAGUGAGAACGAACUCGUGGGGUCAUCUGAAAUCCAAAGACGCACGCAUUUGCUUAGCGGGCUGAAAUCCGAGUUGAACCAAAUGGUAGUCAAUACGAACACUAAUCACUAUCCGAGCUCCACGAGUAGCACAGGGCUUUUUGUGGCACCAUCUAACCAUCAAAAGCCAGCCAUAGGAAGAAAAAUUGGCGAAACAAGCGAAACUUUAAAAUUGAGUGAUCAGGAAUUACUGCAAUUACACAAGGAUACUACAAAAGACCAAGAUCUAGAGUUGGAGCAGCUUCGAAAAAUGAUUAUGAGUCAAAAGGAACUGUCUCUAACCAUGAAUCAAGAGCUGUCCCAGCAAAAUGAACUUUUGGAUCUAAUGUCUGGGGAAGUUGAGUCUACUGCCAACAAAUUACGGAUGGCAAAUCGGAGUGCUAAGAGAAUUAAUGAGCGUUGA